AUGUCUGCCAAGGAGAUGACUUUGGGAAGAAGCAUGAGAUCUGAAUGGCGAAAAUGUGUUUCAGAAAACAUCAAAAAGCUCACAACUCGGUUUCAGGAUAUAAAAAGCGAUACAGAGAGGCUAGAUGUUUGCAGAGAUAUUUUGAGACAACAUCCAGUCUUUUGCGAUAUUGUCAAAAGGCUGAAAUCGGACAUCAAGGCAAAUUUCAGCUCCAAAUGUGAACAGGUGAAUGAAUUUAAUCCAUUUGAACGGCCUAAGUCACAACAAAGAAACGAAAAUGACUUGCCAAGCUUGACUAAUGGCAAACACGCAAAGAUAUCAAAUGGGUCUGCACUUAUCGAGCUUCAUUGUAGCCCAACUCAAGGACGUUACUUGGAGUCAAAGGGAUUGAUCAAAGCUGGUGAUGUGUUGAUCUUGGAAAGACCUUUUGCUGUUGUCCCAGCUCUUGACAAUGAGACCGGGCAUUGUUCACAUUGUUUUGAACCAUUGCCAGAUGAUUUCAUUAAUUGCAUAUCUCCUGCCAUGGUCUUACCUAAAAUCAAAUAUUGUACCAUCAUGUGCCAGCAAGAAGCUUGGCAGUUAUACCACAAAUAUGAGUGUUCACUAGGACCUCUUUUAGAGAUGCUGGAAAUAUCAUCUCAUUUGGCACUACGAUUGCUCCUGGUGACUGGACCGCAGAAAUUGCUUGAUUUCAUUCAGAGAGAAAAGAAAGAUGGUUAUGGAGGGUGUUCAGAACCUUUGUGUCCAGAGAAUAUACCAGGCUGUACCACAGAUGGUUUUUAUACAGGCGACUAUAGUUGUGUUCACAGCCUUGUUACCAACACAGAACGCCAGCCAACUGCAGCACUGGUCUCCUUUGCAUUGGAUGCGGCUUUGAUAACCGAGGUCGCUUACGACCAUUUCUAUGGUGAAACACCACAAUCUCCAGCAACCUCACCACCCACAGACACCAAUGGUACAACGCCUGGGAUCACGGAGGAUAUCAUGGGAUGCUUGUUACUGCACCAUAUCCAACAAAUGCCAUGCAAUAUUCACGCUGUGACUGCCAUAGUGCCUGUCAAUGGACGAGACGGUGUGUGGUCUAAGGAACAACGGAGGAUAGCAGCUGCUUUAUAUCCAACGGCGUCCCUCAUGAACCACGCUUGUGACCCAGAUGUCAUCGUGAGUUUUAUAGGAAGCACUCUGGUCGUUCGUGCGACCCACAUCAUCCAACCAGGAGAGGAAAUAGCGCAUUGUUAUGGACCCAGCGCGAGUAGAUUCACCCGAGAAGUCAGACAAAGUCUUCUUCAAAAGCAGUAUUUCUUCACGUGCAACUGUUCCGCUUGUAAAAGUGAUAAAGAUUUGGAGGAACGAUAUGUCUAUGAAGCCUCUUUCAUCUGCCCGAAAUGCUCCAGUGUGGUUGCGGUCAGCGGGGAAAACGAGCUGAAUCCUGGGAAAUGUCAAAACCCAAAAUGCGGAUUGAUGAAAGACUUCUCCUUUGAAAUAGAAGUUGUCAAAAACGCUCAAAAACUGUUUGGAACAGCAAUGGCAAUCCUUGAGCAAGGACAGUCGAAGAAAUGUUUGGAGGUGCUAAAUGAAUGCUUAAAAAAACGGCAAAAUGUUUUGCAGAAAUAUGAUAAGAAUGUUGCUGAAACUCACGAUGCGUUGGCAAGGUGCCAUGCCUCACUCGGAGACUUUCGACAAGCGGCGUUUCACUGCGACCAGAGCACGGAGUCCGUACGAAGACGCUUCGGAGCGGAAAGCGUCGAGUACGCCCACGAACUGCAUAAAUUUGCGCAGCUGUUAUUCAACGGACGGCAAACGAACAAGGCUUUGACCGUGAUUGAAACUGGAAUACGAUUACUGAGUAUACAUUACGGACCGAAGUACACGGACGUCCAGGAACUGCAGAAUAUGAAGAAAACUUUGAAAACUUUUAUGAGAGGUAAAACUUAGCUUGUUUUUAUACAAGAUCUUGGCUUAAAUGGAUCUGAACUUUUCAAUAUAUUAUAUUCAUGAAUAGUCCGCUAUAUGGAUUGACUAUAAAAUUUCCAUCCGUGUAACGGGUUAGCCACCUUACGUCAAAAGAGAAAGUGACCUCAGACAGUGACGGAUUUUAUUAUAUGACUAGAAUAGUUCAUCGGUCCAUCAACUGAAAUCAAGCAUUCUGAUUGGUUACUGAGCGGUCGGUAACCAACAGUACGGACCGGCCAGGUUCGGCGAGAAUUUUUUAGUUGGGAAUUUUAAUCGUUUUUAGUCAUAUAAUAAAUAGUUUAUUUACUCGCCUAAAGGCUCGGUCCAUACAAGCGAAAAAAUAACUCGACCAGUAUCCUCCUGUACGGACCGAACAAGCUCAGUCAAUAACAUAUAUGUAUAGAAAAGUAACCUUUGCUAUCCAUCCCUGUCUUGGGUGAUUUGCGCGCCGGGAAACCAGCAUAACACUGGAUGAAUUGCAAAACAUGAAAACUAUAUUUAAAGAAGAAUAUAUAGCAUUUUAUUUUUUUUUGCAUUCUUAUUACAAAAUAUUCUACUUAACACUGACUAGACACUUAUUUGAGAUAAUGCAUAUCUGGAAUUUGCU